AGUAGUGUUGAAAAAAGCUAACAAUAAAGAACUCAGAGAAGAAUUCUCCUGAACAAUAUGCCAAGUUGACGUAUCGUCCAGGUAGAAUGCUGUCAUCGUGCGGCGAAGUUAAAUAAAUAAAUUACUAAUUAAUUUAUUGCAAAAUGCCUUGGGAGGAUUUCAACAACUAUAGUUAUCAUGAGCCACCAUCAUCAGCUACAUGUAUCACUGUACCCAGGCACAAUGUGACUAUCAUACCUAACGUUUACGCUGGCAUUCCAGCGAAUCUACUCUUCAAUUCAAUAGGUUUUUUGAGUUUAGUUAUACUUUUCGGACUCCUCCGGAAGAAAGCCUGGAAUUAUGGACGCCUGGCACUUCUCCAUAAAACCGAUAAUAGAUGGAUGGAAUUGUUUUAUGGAGAUAACGAUGGCAAUGAGGCUGACGUGACAGCGGUGGAGGCGUCCAUUAAUACGCAAUUAUCUCAGAUUGAUAGAGGUUUCUUCUCGUGGAUCGUCACUGCAUUCAGAGUCACUGAUAAGGAGCUGUACCGACGUGCAGGUCCUGACGGUCUCCUGUAUGUCUCCUUCCAGCGUCACCUGAUAAUUCUCGUGGCGAUGAUGACAGUUGUCUCCCUGUGCGUAGCACUUCCCAUCAAUUAUUCGGGUACAAUGCGAGACUCCAACGAGACAUUCAGUCACACGACCCUCUCGAACCUCGAUCCCAAGUCCUCCUGGAUCUGGAUGCACACGAUAAUUAUCCUGUCGUACCUCCCCAUCGGGAGUUUCGUGAUGCGACGUUUUAUAAAAAAAGUCCGUGACGCCCGACCCUCAGGUGAAUUGGCAGCUCGAACCCUCUUGAUCAGUGGUAUUCCCAAGCACCAGUGCAACGCUGAGGGCCUUACCCGUUACUUCGAAGAGGCAUUUCCGACGUUGACAGUGGAAAACGUCACCCUGGCACACGACAUUCGACGGCUAUCUGCAUUAAACCUGGAGAGGGACUGCGCUGAACAGGCGAGACUCUACUGCGAGAGCUACAACAAGAAGAAAGAGCCAUUGAAGCUUUAUCCAUAUCCCUGUGGUCAGGUUAUCGGGUGCUGCUGCAAGACGGUGGAUGCCCUGGAGUUCUACACAACGGAGGAGAUCCGUUUGACAGCUCUGGUGGAGGAGGAACGUAAAGUGGCGCUGAGUCAGCCCCUGGGAGUGGCAUUUGUCACACUGGGUACCCCAGGUGCAGCCAGAUCAAUGCGAAGAUCGCUGCGUUCAGCCCCAGCCAUCAAGUGGAUUGUGGACUACGCCCCAGCUCCAUCAGACAUCUUCUGGGAAAAUCUGUGUAUCCCCAGGCAGUGCUGGUACCUCAACGCAGUUCUCAUCAAUAUAGCCUUAUUCGUCACCCUCUUUUUCUUGACGACCCCAGUGUACAUUGUCUCAAUUCUCAACCAGAUCCCAAUUUUUCCCAAACUGAUGAGCCUGAGUCCAGUGCUCUCUUCUUUUCUCCCAACUGUUCUACUGGUGAGUAUAGCAGCUCUGAUGCCAGCACUGGUGGGCAGAUGUGAGACAAUGAUUCGACACUGGACGAGAAGUGGCCUGAACAGGGCUGUCAUGAGGAAGACACUGAUGCUACUCCUACUGAUGGUGCUGAUCCUGCCCAGCCUGGGGCUGACGAGUGCCCAGGCAAUUGUGGAUUUCAAGACUGGCCUGUGGAAUCAGACGAAUCGUUGGGAGUGUGUUUUUCUCGCUGACCAGGGCGCCUUCUUCGUCAACUACGUAAUCACAGCUUCACUCCUGGGUUGUGCCCUGGAGCUCGUACGUUUUUCUGAGCUGGCCCUGUACACAUUCAGGCUGUGUAUAGCCAGGAGUCGAGCUGAGAGGAUUCACGUGAGGAAGGCAGUCCUCUGGGAAUUUCCACUGGGUGCUCACUACGCCUGGAUACUCCUAGUAUUCACCAUGACCACUGUCUACAGUGUCAGCUGUCCCCUCAUCACUCCUUUCGGUCUCAUGUACAUGCUCGUGAAGCACGUCGUCGAUCGACACAACUUGUGCUUUGCCUAUGGGCCCAGUGUAGGUGGAGGACAGCUUGCAAGUGCAGCUGCCGGUGCUGCCGGUGCUGCUCCUGUCCUCGCUCAGACGACUCUUCUCGCUCUGGGGCUCGUCAGGAGGGGUCUAUCGCCUCUUGCUGCUCUUCAGUUGAGUGGUCUCGCUGCUAGUAUUCUGGGGCUCGUUACUGGCGCCACACUUCCUGCUUCCAAGCCCAAGGUUCAACCACCCAAGAGGGAUCUCUCCACUGGGCAGAACUUCGUUGCUCCUGUUCUCAGGAAGAAAUAUGGCAACUGCAUCACUGAGGAGAUCAUCUCCACUAAUUCGGAUGUCACUGUUUCGACUGAUAGGAGCCCUGACAUCCAAGAGAGCCCCAAGUUGUAUCAGAAUUAUGGAAGGGAUAAUUGCUGAAGAAUAACUGGUUUAUAGGUGCUGAUGGUUGGGGCAAUUUCAUAUAUUCACUCAUGACUUCCAGGAUUGAUAAACGAUGAGCAAAUGUUGAGAUCUGUUCAAAAACUGUAUAAUGUAUAUUAUAUAUAUUUAUAUUUAAUUUAGGCUAAUUGUAUUCGAUACAGGUGUAGUGUAUCCAUAAAAAAUUAAUAGGAAAAACUUUGGGUUUUUCUAUCAAAUUUUUGUACUCUC